AUGGAUUCGGACAAAAUUUCUGAGCCCUCUGGCGAGGCUACCUCGACUGCUCUGCGCCAUAUUGAAACAACCAAUAGCGUCUUUCUCCCGAUUUCCCGUGCUGAAUUCGAGAAACUCUACCUGAACCCCAAAACCUCUCACAAAGGUCAGCUUCACAAGACUUUUGGAAACCCUACUCCAAUUGCUCUGAUGGGAUUCCUCAUCGCUGCUCUUCCAAUGUCCUGCAUUCAGAUGGGCUGGAGGGGUGCUGGUGGGAACGGUGGUGCCAUUCUCCCCGUAUACAUCAUUUUUGGCGGGUUUGUGCAGUACCUUGGCGCUAUUGGCGAAUGGAUCAUAGGGAACACCUACCCAUGUGCCCUGUUCUUCACAUACGGAUCGUUCUGGCUCGUGAAUGGGGCAUCGCUCAUGCCUUUCUUUGGAGUCGGCACCAAUUACUCUCCUACGGGCAACAGCCUCGAAGGUCAAGCAACGCCCAUGUUCUAUUCUACCGUUGCAUUUUUCUACGUGUUCCUCGGCGUUCUGACGUUUAUUUAUACGAUUUGCGCUUUGCGUACUAACUUGUGCCUACUGGUUGGUCUGUUCAUGCUCGUCAUUGAUGUAGGCUUUUUCUGUGGUGUUUACUUUCAUCUCGCAUUGGGCCAUGACGCUUUAGCAGCGAAGCUACAAAUUGCGGCCGGUGCAUUGACCUUCGUCCUUUGCAUACCGGUUAGUUACCUUUUUGUCACACAAAUCUUUGACGCAGUCGAUUUUCCCAUCGCUUUACCCGUUGGGGAGUUGGGCACCGCCAUUCUCGGCAAAUCAGAAAGAGCUCAGAGGCAGGCACGCAAAGUGCAGCAAGACCUGCCGUAUGAUCUGACUGCGCAAGAAACGCCUGUCUAG